CCCGCGUGCGCAUGCGCGUCUUUUUUUUUAAACCAAGCGCCGCGGUGCACGCCGGAAUUCCGACCAAGAUGGCGUCGCGUGUGUUGUUUCGAUGUCUCCGCCGGUGGCCGCAACCUUGGAGUGGGCCAAGGGCAGGCCUGGUGUUCGGGAGCCAGCUCUCUGUUCUGGCCGGCAGAAACUGCCUUCACAGUUUCAGUCGGCAAGCUCCCACUGCAUCGAGCGCGGCUCAGAAGUGCAGUUUGUUCCAUCAGACAUGUCGCCAGUAUGGGGAUCUGCCACCCCUUUCACUGAACAGCAUCCAAGAUCGAGUACUGUAUGUGUUAAAAUUGUAUGACAAAAUUAACCCUGAUGAGCUUUUAGUAAGUUCCCAUUUUAUGAAAGAUUUGGGAUUAGACAGUUUGGAUCAAGUGGAGAUCAUUAUGGCCAUGGAAGAUGAGUUUGGAUUUGAGAUCCCUGAUGCAGAUGCAGAAAAGUUAAUGACGCCUCAAGAGAUUGUAACAUACAUUGCAGAUAAAAAAGACGUAUAUGAAUAAGAUUCGGUUUGACCCUGAAGAGUCAUAAUGGGGUUCUUGCUGUCGGAAUUGUGUGAAACACCCAGCAUCCUAGCAGUGCUUGAAGUACAACGUGCUGCUCUGGCUCUUGAUGUUCGUUCAGAGAGAUAUUUCCAAUGCUUCAACAUUUCCUGAAGUCAGAUAAAGAAUAAAUUACUAUUGAAGACUUGGGACUGGGCAUAUGUGAUCUGAUUAAUAAACAGCAACUAAUGAUACACUAAGUUCUAGA